AUGGAAUUUGAAAGUGUUCUUCAGUUUCUUGAGGACAAGACCAUUUUGAUCAUGGGUGCAACUGGGUUUCUAGCAAAGAUCCUUUUGGAGAAGAUAUUGAGGGUGCAACCAAAUGUGAAGAAGAUUUACCUUCUCUUAAGAGCUGCUGAUGCCAAGUCUGCUUCGCAACGCUUGCAAAAUGAGAUUAUAGGGAAGGAAUUGUUUAGACUCCUAAAGGAAAAAUGGGGUACAAAUCUGAAUUCCUUCAUCUCCAAAAAGAUUGUACCGGUUCCUGGUGACAUCUCUUAUGACGACGACUUGGGAGUGGAAAACCCAAAUUUGAGGGAAGAGAUGUGGAGUCAGCUAGAUGUUUUAAUUAACUUAGCUGCAACAACCAACUUUGAUGAAAGAUACGAUGUUGCACUUGGUGUCAACACAAUCGGAGCCAAACAUGUCUUGUGUUUUGCCAAAAAAUGUGCUAAACUAAAGGUUCUUGUCCAUGUAUCCACUGCUUAUGUUUCUGGAGAGAGGGCAGGGCUGAUACUAGAGACUCCAUAUGGCAUGGGCAACUCACUUAAUGGUGUCUCUGGGUUAGACAUUGACGAAGAAAAGAAACUUGUUGAUCAAAGAUUGAAUGAACUCCAAGCUGAAGGUGCCACAGCUAAAGCAAUUAAAGAGGCCAUGAAAGACUUUGGCAUGGAAAGGGCAAAAGUGUAUGGAUGGCCAAACACUUACGUUUUUACAAAGGCAAUGGGAGAGAUGCUUGUAGGACACUUGAAGGACAAUUUAUCUGUAGCCAUCAUACGUCCUACCAUUGUUACCAGCACUUAUAAAGAACCUUUUCUUGGAUGGGUUGAAGGUGUCAGAACUAUUGAUAGCUUAGCCGUUGGUUAUGGGACAGGAAGACUAACAUGCUUUCUUGGGGAUAUUACAGGAAUUGUUGAUGUGAUACCUGCUGACAUGGUGGUGAAUGCGAUAAUUGUGGCAAUGGUAGCUCAUGCUAAUAGACCGUCCGACGAUGCAAUUUAUCUAGUGGGUUCCUCUGUAAGGAACCCUGUGAGAUACACUAAUCUUCAAGAUUAUGGCUUUAAUUACUUCACCAAGAAACCAUGGAUUGGUAAGGAUGGAAAGCCUGUCAAGGUUGGCAAGGUUAAAGUACUAAGCAGCAUGGCUAGCUUCAGGAGAUAUAUAACGAUUCGUUACUUGCUAUUGCUAAAGGGAUUGGAAAUAGCAAAUACAGUAUUUUGCCAUUAUUUUGAGGAUAAAUACAGGGAUCUUAACAGGAAGAUCAACUUUGUGAUGAAAUUAGUGGAACUUUAUAGGCCAUACUUGUUCUUCCAGGGAGUUUUCGAUGACAUGAACACAGAAAAGUUGCGAAUGGCAGCUACAGAGAACAAUGUAGAGACUGAUAUGUUUUAUUUCGAUCCCAAGGAAAUUGAUUGGGAAGACUACUUCACUAAUGCUCACAUUCCUGGGGUGGUAAAAUACUUUUCAGCUCCAUCUCUCUGUGUCUCUCUUGCAAUGGAGUUUGGAAGUGUGGUUCAGUUUCUUGAGGACAAGACUAUUUUGGUCACGGGCGCAACUGGGUUUUUAGCAAAGAUUUUUUUGGAGAAGAUAUUGAGGGUGCAACCAAAUGUGAAGAAGAUUUACCUUCUUUUAAGAGCUGCUGAUGCCAAGUCUGCUUCUCAACGCUUGCAAAAUGAGAUUAUAAGGAAGGACUUGUUUAGACUCCUUAAGGAAAAAUGGGGUGCAAAUCUGAAUUCCUUCAUCUCCAAAAGGAUUGUACUGGUCCCUGGUGACAUCUCUCGUAACGACGACCUGGGGGUGGAAGACUCAAAUUUGAGGGAAGAGAUGUGGAGUCAAUUAGAUGUUGUAAUCAACUUAGCUGCAACAACCAACUUUGAUGAAAGAUAUGAUGUUGCACUUGGCAUCAACACAAUGGGAGCUAAGCAUGUCUUGUGUUUUGCCAAGAAAUGUGUUAAACUAAAGGUUCUUGUCCAUGUAUCCACUGCUUAUGUUUCUGGGGAGAGGGCAGGGCUGAUACUAGAGACUUCAUAUGGCAUGGGCGACACACUUAAUGGUGUCUCCGGAUUAGACAUUGAUGAAGAAAAGAAACUGGUUGAUAAAAAAUUGAAUGAACUCAAAGCUGAAGGUGCCACAGCUGAAGCAGUUAAAGAGGCCAUGAAAGACAUGGCCGUCGAAAGGGCAAAGGUGUAUGGAUGGCCAAACGCUUACGUAUUUACAAAGGCAAUGGGAGAAAUGCUUGUGGGACAUUUGAAGGAAAAUUUAUCUGUGGUCAUAAUACGUCCUACCAUUGUUACCAGUACUUUGAAAGAACCUUUUCCUGGUUGGGUUGAAGGUCUCAGAACUAUUGAUAGCUUAGUCGUUGGUUAUGGCAAAGGAAAAAUGACAUGUUUUCUUGGGGAUAUUACAGGAAUUGUUGAUCUGGUACCAGCUGACAUGGUGGUGAAUGCAAUAGUUGUGGCCAUGGUGGCUCAUGCUAAUCAACCAUCCGAUAAUGCAAUUUAUCAAGUGGGAUCCUCAGUAAGAAACCCUGUGAGAUACACUAAUCUUCAAGAUUUUGGCCUUAAUUACUUCACCAAAAAACCUUGGAUCGGUAAGGAUGGAAAGCCUGUCAAGGUUGGUAAGGUUAAAGUAUUGAGCAGCAUGACUAGCUUUCACCGAUAUAUAGCAAUUCGUUACUUGCUAUUGCUAAAGGGACUAGAAUUAGCAAAUGCGGCAUUUUGCCAUUAUUUUGAGGACGAGUAUAAUGAUCUCAAUCGGAAGAUUAAAUUUGUGAUGCGAUUAGUGGAACUCUACAGGCCAUACUUGUUCUUCCAAGGAGUCUUUGAUGACUUAAACACAGAAAAGUUACGAAUGGCAGCUGCAGCGAACAACGUAGAGACCAAUACGUUUUGCUUUGAUCCCAAGACAAUUAACUGGGAAGACUACUUCGUUAACGUUCACUUACCUGGGAUAGUAAAUUACGUUUGCAAGAAUUAA